AUGGCUUCUCUCAUCCCUCUCAUCAACGACUUGCUACCCAUGAUUAUUCCCUCCUCGGCAUCCAUCACCAAAGCGAGCACCCUCCGCGCUUCCGAUGCAACUCUGCAACCCGGUUCUGCCAACGAAGCCGAUGCCGUUGUCAGCAAAAGCGAUAAGCUCUGCGCAUCGGUCCUUACUCUCAACGCACACGCGACAUCGGCUAUCCGCCACCAUGGCGAGCAAGGUCAGAACCAAACCCCCUCCCAUCUACCCCAUCUCCAACGCUGGAAGCCUCUCACCGCGCCGCAGCAGCGAUGCGUUUCUAAUGUGUGCCAAGAUACCAUCGUUUAUAUGGCUUCCGGAACCGGUGUUUUGCUUGUCAGCCCCGGUGCGGGACAAGACGUCAAGCGGCAUGAGAUGUCCACGGGCGAUUUUGCCUUCAUCCCGUCUUGGACAGAGCACCAGAUGCUCAACGAGUCGGACCAAGAUACCGUGUGGGUCAUUACUCGCAGCGGUUCUCAACCGGUCAAGGUGGGCUUGACGGAUUGGGGAGGUGAUGAAGCGAAGUAA